GUUUCAAGACGAGCCCAGUUCAUAAUCCUCACAACUCAUAAUCCAAUUAUUUGGAAAAAGGAAGGAAAAAAAUGAGACAAAGGAAAAACCCUGUAAUCAUAUCGCCUACCAUUGAUGACAGCAACAAGAAAUUCACCUCCAGAAACCCUCAGAAGAAUACUUCUUCCUCAGCUCCACACAAAGUCUUUUCGAUUUGUUUGGUUACACGAAUAAUCAAUUCAUUGCUGGUGCAGACAUACUUCAACCCGGACGAACACUGGCAAGCUCUUGAAGUAGCACAUCGCAUUGCUUUUGGGUAUGGACAUUUGACGUGGGAAUGGAAGAAGGGUAUAAGGAGUUACUUGCAUCCAAUUCUAUUUGCCGCUCUUUACAAAGCUCUCGCCUUUCUCCGUCUUGAUUCCCCUUGGUUCAUGGUAAGGGCUCCUCGGUUGGUGCAGUCCAUAUUUGCUGCUGUUGGUGAUCUGUACCUCUACAAAUUUUCUCAGGCCUUAUUUGGUGACAAUGUUGCUACUUGGGCUCUUCUUGCACAGCUCACAAACUGGUUCAUGUUUUUCUGCAUCCCUCGCACUUUAUCUAAUAGUUUAGAGACAGUUCUCACACUCGUGAGUUUAUACUACUGGCCCUGCUUGCGAACAUCUUCUGGGGCAGUUCCAUGUGGUUCAAGAAAGUGUGCCUUGGUCUUAGCGGCGAUAGCAUGUGCUAUUCGGCCGACAAGUGCUAUCACUUGGAUUUAUGUUGGUUUUCUCGAGUUGCUUAUGACACGUGAUAAGCUAAAGUUUGUCCUUCUUGAGGUGAUACCAAUUGGGGGCCUCGUGCUUGGACUCACUUUUUUAUUGGAUCGUCAGUUAUAUGGAUCAUGGGUUAUAGUUGCGAUUAACUUUCUAAAGUUCAAUUUCUUCUCUUCUGGUGGAGAUUAUUAUGGAACUCAUGCAUGGCACUGGUAUAUCACACAAGGAUUUACUGUCAUGCUCUUUACAUAUCUACCAUUCUCAGUUGCUGGUGUUAUCCUGUCUAAAGAGUGGAAACUUCCUGGACUAAUUGUAUGGGUUUUGGGAACUUAUAGCCUUCUUGGCCACAAAGAGUUCAGGUUUGUUCUUCCUGUGCUUCCAAUAGCAUUGAUGUUUUCCGGAUAUUCAUUAGCCAACCUAGGGAAAUGUGAACUGUCAAAGAGGAAAGUGAAAGAAAGCUCAAGCUCUCAUAAAAACCGCUCCCUGAAGCUGCAAUUAGCUGUCUUCUUCCUGCUUGUCACUAAUUUCCCAAUGGCGAUAUAUAUGAGUAUGAUUCAUCAGAGAGGAACGGAGGAUGUCAUGCACUAUCUCUCCAACGAGGCUCGUGAGAAUAAAGUGAAGAGUAUCCUCUUCUUGACGCCUUGCCAUGCCACACCCUACUACUCAACUCUGCAUCACAACAUCCCCAUGCGUUUCUUGGACUGUACACCCAGCGAAGACAAAGGAAUCAUCGACGAAUCUGACCAAUUUCUAAACGACCCUCUUGGUUUUGCAAUGAAGUUGGCAAGGAAUUGGACUCAACCUAGCCACAUUGUGCUAUUUGAUUCACAAGAAAAGCCAUUAAAGGAGUUCCUAGUCUCACACCAUUACUACGAGGUAAGAAGAUUCUUUCAUGCUCACUUCAAAGUGGAUCGGGAGCUGCAAGCGUCUGUCGUUGUGUAUGCUCUUCAAGGCCAGUGACUUCCAUUGCCCGAACGAUGAGUGUCUAGUUGUUACGCCAUUUGAUUGCCUAUAUAUGUUUCCUCAAUUGACUUUUAUAAUUGUGGAAAAAACGACAGAAAGCAUCACUCCUCUUCCCACAAUGUACUGUCUUUCUUUCUUUCUUUCCAUGAUGAAUGAUUACUUCAUUUUUAUUCGAAAAGAUAUUACGGACCA